AUGGACCUCCACAAAAUCAUCCACGGUGCGUUGCAGGACUUCUUACUGACUUACAUCCCUGAUGCAGAUCUCAGCACUUUGGAUGAUGUCCUCCUGUCAUACAUCACCGGAGUUCUGGAAGAUCUCGGCUCACAGCAGAGUGUGGAGGAGAACUUUGAUGUGGAGGUCUUUGCCGAGAUGCUGGAGGCAUACAUACCGGGUUUUGCUGAAAUUGAUAGUGUCAAAGUGUGUGAAAUGAUGUUCAGCCUGGCAUCCACGCUUACCAAAGCUCGAACCUCAGCGGACGGAGAAAACAACAUGGUUAAGCCGCAAGACGCCUCCUUGAAAAUUGCAGCUCGCCUACUGAGUGAACCGCAGACUGGCAGGGACAUGCAGCGCUUACAAACACAGACAGAGGGCGCCACCGCUGAACUAGCAGCAUCAGAACUGGAAAUCCAGGAGCAGCAUCUUUUGGAAAUGUUCCCAAAGUGCAGCCUCUCCGAGGCCCGCAGUGCUCUAUCUAUCGCCAAAGGAGACAUGGAGGAAGCCGUACGCCUCAUCAUCGAAGGCGACGUCCAACUCAGCCCUACGCCGCUCAACGUAAAUCAAGGGAAGAAUAUCUCCCCUGUGGCAGAUCAAAAACUGAAAGAAAGCAUCCUUGAGAAAUACAUGCUCGUCGAUAACGAAGAGGACAAGAAAACGCAUCGACCCGUCGCCCCUAAAGAGGCCCCCAAGAAGCUGGUUCGCUACCACGGCAACCAGGUGGUGAGCACCAAAGGAGAACGCUAUCAGGUGGUGAAGAAAAAUGAAACUGACGACAUGAAGAAGACGUAUGUCAACCUCAAGCCGGCGCGCAAAUACCGAUUUCAUUGA